CCGUCCUGUCCCGUCCCGUCCUGUCCUGUCCUGUCCCGGGCUGACCGUCCCGUCCGUCCCGUCCCGGUCCCAUCCCGGCGGCGCGCUAACAAAGGCCGGAGGCUGGCGGCGGGCCUGCGCCAGGGAGGAGGCGGGCCGCGCCGCUCCCACCCCGGACGCCCCCCCCUCCAGGUAACGUUUCACUGAUUGCAUUUCCGGUUUCCAGCGCCAACUCACCAGCCAAGAUUUUACCCAAAACCUUGGGACCCAUAAAUGUGAAUGUUGGACCCCAAAUGUCUGCUUUGAUGAUGGCUGUUAUAGUCAGUACAGUAGCCUGAAGGUAAACCGAGACCACAGCCGUCUGCCUCUGCCUCCCGCCACCCUCAGCCCGCAUUUAAGAUCAUAAGCACACCACAGAGACUAACCGGUUCAGGGACUGUUCUGAUUGGGAGUCCAUAUACCCCAGCGCCCGCGAUGGUCACUCAGACGCACAUAACAGAAGCCACCAGCUGGGUUCCAGGGGACAGAAAACGGCCUCGGGAGUUUAUAGACUCGGACUUUUCCGAAAGUAAAAGAAGCAAAAAAGGUGAUAAAAAUGGGAAAGGCUUGAGGCACUUUUCAAUGAAAGUGUGUGAAAAAGUCCAGCGCAAAGGAACGACUUCGUAUAACGAGGUGGCUGACGAGCUGGUAGCAGAAUUUACAAAUUCGAACAACCACCUGGCAGCAGAUUCGCAGGCUUAUGACCAGAAGAACAUUAGGCGCAGGGUUUACGAUGCCCUCAAUGUCCUGAUGGCCAUGAAUAUCAUUUCCAAGGAGAAAAAGGAAAUCAAGUGGAUUGGCCUUCCUACCAAUUCAGCUCAAGAAUGUCAGAACCUCGAGAUCGAGAAGCAGAGGCGAAUAGAGCGGAUCAAGCAGAAGAGGGCUCAGCUGCAAGAGCUGCUACUCCAGCAAAUAGCUUUCAAAAACCUGGUGCAGAGAAACCGGCAAAACGAGCAGCAAAAUCAAGGCCCACCAGCUUCCAAUUCCACCAUACAGCUGCCUUUCAUAAUAGUCAACACGAGUAAAAGGACCGUAAUCGACUGCAGCAUCUCCAGCGAUAAGUUCGAGUACCUUUUCAAUUUUGACAACACGUUCGAGAUCCACGACGACAUCGAGGUGUUGAAGAGAAUGGGCAUGUCCUUUGGGCUGGAGGCCGGCCAGUGCUCCGCAGAGAACCUGAGAGUGGCUAAGUCCCUGGUGCCAAAGGCUCUAGAAGGUUACGUCACAGAUAUGUCUACGGGUCCCUCCUGGCUGACUCAGGGGCUGCUUCCAGACUCCACCCAAGCCAUCCCAAAUUCAGCGGGCACCAGUGGUGUUGCUCUGUCUCACACAAGUAGCGCGCACCAAGGGUUGUGUUUGGAGACUGACGUCAUCUUAGCAACGGGACCUUACCUGGCCCCCAGCAGCGCCGCCUCCCAUCAUUCAGAGUCCCGCGGGGAGACCCCUUGCUCUUUCAACGACGAGGACGACGACGAGGAAGAUGAGGACUCCUCGGCCCCGGAGUAAAGACAGUAGAAAACCCGAAGGUUUGCAGAUGCUGCUCGUGUGUGUUUUAGUGUGAGCUCUUGUCCUUGAUGUGACUGCUUCGAACCUUGCCUUUGUUUGCACUGUGUGGUCGGCGGCGGUGAGGGCGGCCCAGCCGAACCGCACCCGUGCAAUGGCGAAGCUGAACCAGGCGCAGCAGCAGCAGCAGCACGGGUGGGUGCCCAGCGUAAACAAAGCAGCCGCCGCACCUCCCGGGGAAUGGAUGAAGCCCUCGAAGGCCUUGCAGAGAAGAUAGGGUCCAUUUCUCUCCGGAACCAGGGGACUCCGGUGGCCCCGCCAUCGGAUCCUGCUCCCAGCUGAGGCAGCGCCAAGGAACCUUGACUAAAGUGUUUCUCCCAUUCAUGGCUUUUGUCUGUGCUGCCUUCUCAACGCACAAACGGAUAGUUCAGGUUUUGUGCGGGCGGGCCCCGGGAGCGGGGAGGAGUGGGUGGCGGGCGGGGGGCGUUGUCCAUGGGGAAUGUACUAGAGAGCUAGGGAUAUUGUUACAGGCCAAAGGCAGAGAGGGUCCUGAAACUCAGGUGCUGACCCCACUCCCCCAUCCCAGACCCCGUUCUCUCCCCUUCCUCCAUCCCGCAGAGCACUCCUGCCAGAGCUAGUUGUUUUUGUCUCCGGAUGACUUGAUCCCCUCACCUUUUCCGUUGGAAUUAGUCUGAAGCCCGAGGCCGGUCCUGGUCACCGAGAUUGACCGUAGGUGCAUGCCGAUGAAUGAGACUUUCGAGGGCUACCUGGGGAAGCCCGGGGCAUAGUGGCCUUUCUGGGCUCAAACUAGAUCUGGCUCACCAGAAAAGCCACCCGGUCCGUCGUCGCCUAUGGGGAAAACCCACAGCCAAAAGCUACCGAUCCAGCUCUAGACCACUUUUCCAAAUGGCCUACCUUUUAGUCUACAUUUAUCUCAUUGGCUUCCUGCUUCUGAGAAGAAAUAUUCUCUUCAGAUGUGGCGUCUGGCACUUUUGUCCCUAGUAAGGUUUGAUGCACUUCACUGACCCACUAGAAGCAGACUGCGGCUCUUGCACCACUCCCAAACUACCCCAUGUCCCUCACCCCUGCCCCUGUUUCAGUUUCACUGGCAUUUGGAAAAAAGGCAGAUACCUCAAAGUGAUUUGCUUCUCAGAAGGCACUUUGUUUCCUAGCCAGGGUGCCGUUAGGAUCCCGUGCCGGAAGAGGACAAGGAGGGUUUCUCAUUUCUGAGUUAAAGCUAGCUUCCCCGGCUCAAAUCCCAAGGAAAUGUAGAGGGACCCGUUUUCUCCAUUUUCCUUCCCUCCUCCCCCGCCCCAGCUCCCUCCCCUUCAGAAGCGGCAUUAGCCUUCAAUGCCUUCGCUUCUACGCUGCCCUGAGGGCACCCAACUGCCCAUUGUUUUGCCCCAUCAUCCAGGACCAACCCGUGCUUAUUAAGCAAGGUUGGACAGCAUUCAAGUGUUUCUGAGCUGGACUCAGCAAGGUAUUAAUCAGACAUCCAAAGCACGUAAGAUGGGAAUUUCCUUCCCCAGAAACCCUUAUGGCCCUCCUCCUUGCGGGGGUAUGGAUCUCUCAUUUCUGCAAGGUCCAGGAGACCAAACAUCAACCAGGAGUGAGAGGAACUCCAGAAUUUGCUAAUGGUGGCAUGGAAAUAUUGACCAUGAAAACGGGCAUAGGAGCCUAGGCCCCUUCAGGGACCAAAUUCAAUCGGCAGAUCCCCAGUCGAUGAGGUGGGGCAGUUGAAGCGGGGCGCCAAAGAAGCCCGGAAAAAUCCGCAUCUUGUCUGGGUUGCCUUCAGAGCCACGGCCGAGCUCGGUCCGCUAGCCUAGAGAUGGCUUUGGACUAAUGGCCUGGGGUUGGACAUCUGUUCAAGGAGAGUGUGGGGAUUCCCGGCUCUCCGGCCCAAAUAUGAUCCGCGCCGUGGGGCCUUACAGUGUGACCGCUGUGGUGGGAGCAUGAAAACCCUAAUAGGGCUGUUAAUGGUCAGGAACCAGUUUCGGAUCCCAGCUGAGGCCGCUGAGGAAACCCCAGCCCACCUGAGCCGGAGCCCCCCAGCCCAGCUUGUGGUGGUGUAGGGGGAAGGGAAUAGUGGGACCUGAGUGCUGGGCCCCGGCCCCACCGCAUUCUGGGAAUUGUGAAUUGCUUUGCCAAGGCUCACUGUACAAGGAAGUGGUGCUGGGGGUGCUCCAGAGUUCAGUCCGCAUGGCUCCUGUUGCCGUCGAGACCCUCUGUGUGGCUCCUUGCUCCCCAUGCUCUCCCUGCCCCAGCCUCAGUGCCCAGGGAGCACUCGGCUGGGGAGCGGGGACUGGGUCUAAGAGCAGCACUUAGGUAUCGCUUGUGCCCCUAUUCCGGACGGGGUGGUUCCAGGAAGAGCUUAGGUGAUUGGUCAAGCGGGGCAUGGCCGGGGGCGCAGCCUGCCACCCACUGGGCUCGGUCCACCUCGGUCUCACGAGAAAACAAACCUUCCCCUCUGCUUCCAAGACCAGGCACAAGCCGGAUUGGAUAGGGAAGCGUGUGUUUGACGGGGACGUUUCUGGUAAUCUUUAAAUGCUUGAAAUUGCUUGGAACGAAACAUUCCCAUGGGGCUCGGGAGGAAGGAAGCAUGCCCAUUGGCACAGUGUGGGGCCUGGUUUCCCCACUUAGCCAAAUGGAUGGGAGUGGGGACCCCUUUGAUUCUUCCUCGGAGUGGGAACGCCGGGAGGGAGCUGUGAAGGGAGCUAGGCUACCCGCAGCAACCCCGGCUCGGCCACUCCUACUUGCGAAUCGGGUUUAGUAUUCCCUCGGUGUGCACUCCUACUUAUGUUAAAGCUACUUAGAGCUAUAUAGACGGCAGGGCCAAACCACUCAUCCAAGAACCUCAACGUGAGGUAUCGGUCUAGACUGGUGGCUAGUUGGGGAUGCUGCUGUUCUGCUGGUCAGCCCGGCAUCAGGACCCUCACUGGGGACCAGCCAACCCCUCCUCUCCCUUCCCCCAGACAGGGAGCAGAAGGUGAGGGGUGGGGCGGGGUUGGACUGAGCAAGACUUGUGUGUCUGAAACAAACUGGGUUCCUGGGCCCUGCUCCCCCAGGACCCUGAGAACAAGCCCCGGGGCCCACUUAGUGUGGAACUUGUGUUGUUCCAGAACGCAGAGGCUCAGCUGUGAGAGCGAUCCAAGGGUUUCCUCUGCCUUCCACCUGAAUAUCCCUUGGGAAGCCAGGGUGAUGCCUGUGGUCCCCGGGUUCCUGUCCCCCUGCAGCCGCCUCUGACCUCCAGCCACCCCCUCUCCUUUGAAUCUCUCUGACCAGAGACACGUAGCCAGCGCGAGCGGUGCUGAUAUAACAUGUCCGGCAAGUCACUGGGCAGUGGGGACCGUAGGGGGCUGGAGCGGGGGGACUGGGGGUGUGUUCAGGGAAGGAGUGGUAGCCCUUCUCCCAGGAAAACUCAGCGGACUCCCCAGUCCUGCAGGGAAUCCUGUCUACAGCCACUCCUUCCCCGGGGUACCUGGGUCAAAACCUAACAGAGCCAAAACUAGUGUCUCCCUAGGCUAGCGCCCUACCCGUUCCCUGGCCCCCGGCCCCCAGCCCCCGUGGAGAUGCCGAAGGCGCCACCGGGCCCUCUCGGUGCCGGGAGGCCUGUGGUGGAGGCCUGCCUGGGCCUAGGCUACUGAACAGUCUGAACUGGGCUAGGGCCCGCUUUGCGGCCUUGUUACCACCAGCGGGCGGUCCCGCAGCUAGUCCUGCGUGCCUAGACCCCUCGGGCCAGGACCAGGCUGCUGGAAGCAGACCAGGUAUCGGCCGUGCGGCCCAAGGAGUGGCUGUCCCGACCGGUGCGUACGGGCCCUACCCGAGAGGAGGGGCCCUGACCCGGGGAUGGUAAAGGUCAGCACAGGCAGCCGCGGUUCCCUGUGUUCAGGCAGCCGUCCGAGGGGAGUCCACGGAGCCUGCCCACGCCCAGGGCCCCUUAGGGACCAAGGGUGACCGGCGUAGAACCCCACUACCGUUAAAGGCUACGGCACGGCCUUCAGCCUCCUGUCCGGCCCGGCUCACAGCCGAGCGGAGGCUUCACCAUGUUGCCUUGCUGCCCUGUCCCUGUAGGCCCCAAGACCCCAGCUCUUCCAUCUCUACAGGCCUGGGCACGGGGCCUUGCGAGCCGGGGGCGGGACGGCGGGGCGCCGGGGUCCACGAUGCUCAGCCUGUGGGGACGGGAGCGCGUUCCCCCCACCCUUCCAGCUCUGUACAUAAACCCCUAUUUUUGUAUGGAAGUUUGAUAGAAGAGGCUAUUUCUGUACUCACUCCAUCCCGGCCUGGAAAUACUGCCGGUGCCUCUCUCCGGGGGCACCUGAGGUUGGGGGCUCUGCCCCGGGGCGGAGCGAGGGGUGCUCUAGGAGAAAUAAACCAUUUUAACCCA